AUGAGUGUUGCCCAAGCCUCAACACCUUUAUCGCAUCUACUCCCUCCGCUCAUUCUGGGUGGCGCUGGAUUCAGUCACCAAAUAUACCGGAACCCCAACUCGGCACAGGCUCUGGAAGUUCUCAAGCGUGCUUUUCAAUUAGGACUACGCGCCAUCGACACCUCUGCGUAUUAUCAUCCUUCGGAAAUACUUCUUGGUGAAGCGUUGUCACAUCCCGAUAUUGUGAGCCAGUACUCUCGCGACCAGUAUCUGUUGAUGACCAAAGUUGGUCGAAUUACGGCGACACAGUUCGACUAUUCUCCAACAUGGGUUCGACAGUCAGUUUUGCGUUCACUCCAACGAUUACACACGCGCUAUUUAGAUGUUGUGUUUUGCCAUGACGUCGAGUUCGUCCCGGAAGAAGAGGUGAUGGGGGCCAUCGGGGUCUUACUCGAGAUGGUACGCGAGGGCCAUAUCAGAUACGUCGGUAUCUCGGGGUACCGAAUAGACAUCCUCGCCCGAAUUGCUCGCCGCGUUCAAAUUCAAUAUUCUCGACCCCUUGAUAUUAUCCAGAAUUGGGCCCAGAUGACUCUGCAGAAUGACCGUCUUGCCCAAGAAGGCUUGGAUGCCUUCCGGGAAGCUGGUGUUUCUUGUGUCUGUAACUCAAGUCCACUGGCUAUUGGUCUUCUUCGCGCAAACAGCGUGCCAGUGGGAGAUCUGGGGGACUGGCAUCCGGCGCCUCCGGGUCUACGAAGUGCCGCUAAAGAAGCGGCCGACUAUGUCGCAGAACAGGGAGAGUCUAUGGCAGCGCUAGCGCUCCGGUAUUCUAUUCGCCGGGGCCAGUCUCUCUCAACUCCCGAGUUUCGUAUUACAACCAUCAUGGGGAUAACUUCCAUAUCUGAGCUGGAAGACAAUAUUGCAGCUGCUCGGCAGGUUCUACUCGUAUCGACUGAGCCUCGCUGGCUUUGGGCAGACACUGGUUCGUCUACGGAGGUCAGCGUACGCAGAGCCAAGGAGGACGACCGACUCCGUGCCGCUGUUCACAACAUUUUGGGGCCAUGGUACGGUUACUGCUUCCCAAGCCCGGGUGAUGACUGGGACGUGGCCACGAAACAGCCAGCUGCUGCUAGACUAUGA